AUGCGUGCACCUGACGACGUGUUGCGUGUAGCUGCAGCGUGUUGCUGGUGCAUCAUACCUCCUCUGCACCAUACCUCCCCUGCACCAUACCUCCCCUGCACCAUACCUCCCCUGCACCAUACCUCCCCUGCACCAUACCUCCCCUUCACCAUACCUCCCCUGCACCAUACCUCCCCUGCACCAUACCUCCCCUGCACCAUAACUCCCCUGUACCAUACUCUCCUGCACCAUACCUCCUCUGCACCAUACCUCCCCUGCACCAUACUCUCCUGCACCAUACCUCCCCUGCACCAUACUCUCCUGCACCAUACCUCCCCUGCACCAUACCUCCCCUGCACCAUAACUCCCCUGCACCAUACUCUCCUGCACCAUACUCCCCUGCACCAUACCUCCACUGCACCAUACCUCUACUGCACCAUACCUCCGUAA